UUUCAAACAUAUCUUGUUCUUGAGUUCCUGAAAAUUUGUUGGAUAGUUGGUCGAAUUAAGAUAUUUCUUUUAUUUAAUUUAAAAUGGUUUUGUGUAAAUUUUUCAUGAACGGCAAUUGUCGAUUUGGUACAAAAUGUGUAAACGAACAUUUAGACGUAAAGCAACUUCUCAAAUCAGAUGUGGAAUCUGCUGUAAAUGGCAACCAAUGGCCUCUCUCCUGCUUCGGGCCAUUCAAGGAAAAACCUUCCAUACCUAAUUUCAUAGAAGACCAAUCAUUCGAAGAAAUACGAAUGCUAUGUUAUGCUUCCAAAAAGCAAAAUUUCUUUGAAGCUUUUAAUCAACAAUUCAGUAAAGAGGUGCUGGAAGCCAAAAAUAAAAUGAAAAUGCUUCUGACACUCAAUAAAGAAGUAAUGGACGUGGUUGUGAAUCUUUAUAACUCUAGUGAGCCGCCAAAAGGUAACAAUCAGGCAAUCAGUGCCAAUCCGUUUGCUUCAGCUGCCAACAACUCACAAUCGAGCAGUAAUACUAAUUUGUUUGGAAGUGCACCGGCUGCUGGCAACCAGAACAAUGUCUUUGGCGGGGGAGCUUCCUUUGGCGCCAGUAACAAUGCUAACUCAGGUGGUGGUAUUUUUGGUGGGGCUCAGAAACCCUUACUCGGACAGAGUUCUUUCGGUGGUUUUGGUGGACAACAACAACAACAACAGCAGCAGGGGACAGGAUUGUUCAGCUCAGCACAGGCACAACCUCAGCAAACAAACGCCUUUGGAAGUAAUAUAUUUGCUCAAGCCUCUCAGCAAACUGGUGUUGGUGGAGGCUCCAUAUUUGCGCAACAGCAACAACAACCACAAACACAAAUGACACAGGCCCAGCCAUUCGGGGCGACGGCAAACACAUCAGUUUUUGGCCAACAGUCUAAUGCUGGGGGAAUUUUUGCACAAGCAGCCCAACAGACUCAACCACAACAACAAACUAUUGGUGGGGGCAAUAUAUUUUCCCAAGCUGCACAGCCCCAGCAACAGCAGUCCACUGGAUUUGGGUUGUUUUCCCAAGCAAGCCAACAACAACAACAACAAUUACAACCGCCGCCAGCUUUUGGAGCUCAAAUGACACAGCAGACACCGUUUGGUGCUGCACAACCACAACAGCAAGGCGCAUUUUUUGGACAAACACAACAACAACAGCAGCAGCAGCAACAACAGCAGAACAACAUGUUCAACUCGCAGAUGCAACAGCAGCAGCAACAACAACAACAGUUUACCCAACAACAGCAACAACAACCAACUGGUCUUUUUGGCACAGCAGCAGCCGCCAGUCCAUUUGCAGCCCAACAACCACAACAACAAGCAAACAUCUUCGCCCAAGCUGCAGCCGGUUAUCCCCAACAACAACAACAAUACCAAAUACAACCUGCAAUGGCUGGUGAUAAAACAUACAGCAAAAUGGAAAAUCUUACCCCAGAAGAAAUUGAAGCUUUCAAAGCGGAUUCUUUUGAGCUGGGAAAAGUUCCCUUUUCACCACCACCAAGGGAAUUAGUUAAUUGAUAAAAAUAUAACAAAUCCUUUUAAAUUUUUUAAUAACUUUAGAAUAAGUGAAAAUAAUUGUUUUUAAAAAAAAGAACACAAAUACAAAAAAGAUGACUAGUCAGCAUAGAAGGCUUGUAAACGAA